AUACAACAUGGUUGUCAUUCGACUGUAGCAUAAGUUAUACAUGUUCGAGGUUCGGCGCUGCUCCAGCUCAAAUCGUGGCUAUGGACUUUGGCUGCGGCCUCAAUGCUCAGUGUGUGCUGAAGAAUGGUAUAAGAGGAUGUCACUGUCUGCCAACUUAUGUGGGCGAUGGUCAAAUAUGCAAUGCUACGAUCUGUCAACCACCUGGGGAUGCCACCUUUGCCACUAUUUCUCAUAUUGGUCCGUACCCUGUAGGUACCACUGUGAAGUACACGUGUUACUCAGGGUACCAGCUUCUGGAUGGAUCUACUUUCGUGCAGCUCACAUGUCUGUCCAGUGGCACGUGGGAUGGGCUGCCACCUAUAUGCAAGCAAAAAACUACUUGCGAUGACCCAGGUCCUGGAAUGAACGCAGUGCGUGAUGUUAAUCAGUUCCCAGUGGUCAACGGGACAGUGAUUACCUACACGUGUAAGCAAGGCUUCACCAUAUAUGGUGGGUUCACGGAGAAGAAAAUCACGUGCUUACUAGGGGGGCGCUUUGAUUGGAGCCCUCCUACUUGUCUUGAGUACACACUUGGUGAGUACUGUGACUACUGCCUUGAUUUGGACGGCCCUGGACAUUACGUAGACAGGACAGACUGCAGCAGGUUUAUCCAGUGUUACAGGUCAGAGACUGGGGAGGCUAUCGCUGUGGUCAAGUACUGCCCGCCAAAUCUAUUUUGGAGCCAGGAGGAUUUAACUUGUGUGAGAUGUGAAGACACUACUUGCACUGGAGUUAAUACAGGGAAACCAGACUGCGGAGACAUAGGAAGUUGUCCAGAAGGGUUCCACGCAAAUCCCAGUAAUUGUGCAGGAUAUAUAUGGUGUACUCAGACGGCCAUUUUGUAUAAAUGUUGCCCAUAUGGAACUGCCUGGAAUGAUACAACUUCAUCUUGUGUGCACAAACCUCCUGAGUGUACAGAUGUCUGUGCUGCGCCUAUUUCUAACAUUACUACUACUACUACAACUGUCGCACCAACAACUACAGGAGAGAGUGGAGUUAUCUGUACUUAUGGACCCUAUAAGAAAGAGGUGAUAGAUAGCACAAGCUAUUAUUUGCUGUGGUACGGAGGGGUUAAGAUCUAUAUGUCAUGUGGAAACCAAGUUUUCGAUGUUUCAAUCUGUGAUUGUGCCAAGUCCAGUGACCUGUGUGAAGGUGAAUACGCCAUUGCCUGUUUUCCAUUUGACAGCCAUUACCAUGACUCCACGGGGAAUAUAUGGUGGACGAAAACUACAAACAUGCAGCUCGUUUCUGUCGCAAAACACGGGAUGUCUGCCUAUUUCAAUGGCAACUCGUCCUUUAUGGAGAUCCCAUUCUUUCAAAAUUACCAGUUCCCAUUAACAUUUACAUGCAGUUUUUGGUACAUGUCUGUCAGUGGUAUGGAUAGCGACAGAAAGGGGCUAGUUAACAAUGGCGACUGUGAGCAUGAACCAAUGUUCACAGUGAGGCUCAGCAAUGGUGAAACUGGAACGCUCAGUGGAGGAGUUUACACAGUGAAUGAACAUAACCUCACCAAUGCAUAUGCAAAUAUACCGAAGUGUAUGUGUGUGUGUGUUUGA